AUGUUCAAAAAGGCGCUGGCGCACCAUUCCAACGCGACACCAAUCCGCUCGAGUGCGCGGCGCGCACUCGUUGCCUCCAUCUUUGCUCAAUACCCCGCACUCAACGAAAGCGUGGCGUCUGAAGGCGAAGAUGCACCUGACAAGCUGAGCGAGAAAGACCUCGGGCGCGCUCUGGUGCCAGACGGCGUGCGCUCCUCCAACUUUGAGACGAGCGCCGGCAUCGAGGGAACAAUGUAUCUCUCCCCAGAUGGUGACCCGCUGUGGCUCUCCAUCGGGCGCGGCAGCACGGAGCUGGUGCCAACACUCGAGCUUCUCGCCCGUCUCCCGCCCAACGUUCACCCUUUUCCGGUCCUGCAGCUCCCCAUCCCUCUCCCGCCUCCCCUGCUCGCUGGCGCGGCGCUGUUCCUGCCAGCCGUGCGCCACCUGCACACCCCGUGGCGGCUGCCCCAACUACCAGCUGGGAGCAUCGUCGCCUUCGCGGCGGGCGGGAGCGGUGACGUGUCCUACGUCGGUGUCGGGCGGGUCGUGGCGGCAGACGGACUUGAGGGCGCGCUCACCCGUCUGGUUAAGCACCGGACCGAGGGGGUCGACUGCGACGAGGGCAAGUUUGCCGACAUCAUCUGCAUCGUCGAUGACCGCUUGUGGGAUAUGGGGAGCAAGUCGACGUUGGUGCAGUUUGCACUCCCUUCUCCACGAGAGCCGUUCGCGCGGCCUCCGCAGGCCGAGUCCGCCCAUGCGGACGCAGCUGCGGAGGGCGUCGCUGCUGUGUCUCUCGAUGACAGCGAAGAGCCCACGAUCGAGUCAUCCGAACCUCUCACUCCGGCUGAGGUGUCGACUCUCCUCUCCGCCGCGCUGCUGCAGACCCUCGCGACCCUGCCUGUAGGCACGCUCCCCCUCCCCGCAUCGCAGCUGUACUCGAGCCACAUCCUGCCCAACCGGCCUGCGUACAUCCCGGCGGCGCGCCGCGACGACGUCGUGAUCGGCCGCAGCGAAUGGAAGAAGCUUGCCAAGUGGAUGAAGGAGGUGGCCAAAGACGGUGUCAUCAAGACAAAGGAGACCAAGGGCGAGGUAGUCGUCACAUCUUACGACCCCAAGCACCCAGCGAUUGAUGGUCACGCAGCGUACAAGACGAUCUCGGAGGACGAGGCGAAGGCGGCGCGCCGUGCCGCUCGCGAGGAGGAGGCCGCUGCUCCACCCAAGACGCUCGAUAUUCAGGAGCUCUGGCGGCCGGCCGGCUCGAGCGCUGCGUUCUGGGCCGCGUGCGGCGUCGAGAAGGGCUCUCUGAACCAGCCAUCAAGUAUCAAGCCGCUCUUCGACGCGUACGUCGAGAAGAACGGACUAGAGGACAAGGAACACCGCCGCCUCGUCGCUCUCGACAAGCCGUUAGCCUCAGCCGUCGGGGCCAAGGAAGGCCAAGCACUGGUCCGCGACGAGGCGCUGCGCCGUCUCCGUGCCGGCCUGGGCUGGGUGGUCUCGAUCGCCGGCAAUGUAAAGAAGGGAGCACUUAAUCCCAUCACGAUUCAAGUCAAGACGCGCCAGGGUCGCAAACAGGUCACGCUCGUGGCGGGGCUCGAGGGCUUCGCCAUCGACCCGGACGACUUUGCCGAAGACCUCCGCCGCCGGUGUGCCGGCUCCACCUCCGUGCAGCCGCUGACUGGGGCGAGUCCAAAGCUGAAUCUCAAGGAGGUCAUGGUACAAGGUGCGCAGGGCAAGGCAGUGACAGAGGCGCUGGUGGAGCGCGGCGUGCCGCGCCGCUGGAUCAAGGACGAGGGGAAGAAGAAGUAG